GAAACGGGCUGCUGGUGGCGAAGAUGGCGGAUGGGGACAGUGGCAGUGAGCGCGGUGGCGGCAGCGGAGGGGGAGGAGGAAGUGGGUUCCAGCAUUACCAACGGGAACCGGAGACCCAGGAGCUGGCCUCGAAGCGGUUGGACAUUCAGAACAAACGCUUCUACCUUGAUGUGAAGCAGAACGCCAAAGGCCGGUUCAUCAAAAUCGCCGAGGUCGGUGCCGGGGGCUCAAAAAGUCGACUGACCCUCUCUAUGUCAGUUGCGGCAGAGUUCCGCGACUACCUGGGGGAUUUCAUAGAGCACUACGCCCAGCUUGGGCCUAGCACCCCGGAGCAGAUCGCACAGUCGUCCGGUGGGGAUGAGACUGGGCCUAGACGGGCCUUGAAGAGUGAGUUCCUAGUGCGUGAGAACCGAAAAUACUACCUCGACCUUAAGGAGAACCAGCGGGGUCGGUUUCUCCGGAUCCGACAGACGGUCAACCGAGGCCCCGGUUUCGGAGUCGGAGUAGGUGGCAUUCCCGGGGCUGGCCUGCAGGCCGGACAAACCAUCGCACUCCCGGCCCAGGGCUUAAUAGAGUUCCGCGACGCCUUGGCCAAAUUGAUAGACGACUACGGAGGAGAUGAAGAGGAGCUGGCCGGCGGCGGAGGGGCCGGGGGCUAUAGCGAGCUCCCGGAGGGCACCUCUAUCAUGGUGGACUCCAAGCGGUUCUUCUUUGACGUGGGAUCUAACAAGUACGGAGUUUUCUUGCGGGUGAGCGAAGUGAAGCCCAGUUAUAGAAACUCUAUAACAAUCCCCUUCAAGGCGUGGAGCAAGUUCGGGGGAGCGUUCAGCCGCUACGCCGAGGAAAUGAAAGAGAUCCAGGAGCGGCACCGGGAUAAGAUGUACGAGAGGAGAGCCGGAGACGAGUCGGAGGGCGACGACGUGGACGACGAUUGAUGGAGAGGUGGCUACUUGUGAUGAAGCUGACAACAUGAUGCAAAGUCUGGAGAGAAACAGAGAGAGAGGAACGAAUAUUCUGUGCAUGACGAAUCGAACUUUAAAAUGAUAAAACAACGGAGUAAAAUAAUAAGUAUAUUUGACUGAGAAAUUACUGUCUAUAUAAGAGAAUCAUGUCCUAAAGUUUAGGUGGAUGUAAUAGCUAAAUGAGUGCGGACUGCAGUAGUCAGCUCCUGUAUGAGAUUCCCCAUUGAUUUUUAUAUGUGUGUGUGUGUGUGUGUGUGUGUGUGUGUGUGUGUGUGUGU